UGUACGACUCGAAUGCCGCGCGGGUCGUCCCUGCGCGUCACGUUAGCGAGUGUGUUCAAAAUCCGCUGGCUACGUCUGCCUUCUGAAAGUACUGGUAACCAGAAUGUACUAAAAAAAAGUUUAAUCGAGAAGACAUCUUCCUCUUUUUUAUUUAAUCGAUUGUACGGGAACAUCUGUUAUAAGAUAAUUCCUUAAAUGGCGGAAGAAGUGUUAUUAACGGCCCCAGGGAAAAUUACGUCGCACCUGACCUCCUCCCUGCUGGCUGUGGCCUUCCUCACCUCCUUCGGCAGCUCCAUGCUCUACGGCUUCAACCUGGCAGUGGUCAAUUCUCCUGCAGGAUACAUUAAGGACUUCUAUAACCGCACCACGGUGAGCCGCAAUGGCACGGGCAUGAGCCAGGAGGCGCUCACGCUCCUGUACUCCCUCACCGUGUCCGUCUUCGCCAUCGGGGGGCUGGUGGGCUCCCUCAUGGUCGGCAUGCUGGUCACCAGAUUUGGGAGGAAGGGCACUGUGUUGAACUCCACGGUGCUCGUCUUCAUCGCUGGCUCGCUGAUGGGGUUCAGCCGGAUAUGCGACUCCCCAGAAAUGGUCAUCUUAGGCCGCUUUAUCACAGGAAUACACUCAGGGAUCGCGCUCAGUGUGGUGCCCAUGUACCUCGGAGAGAUCGCUCCCAAAAAUCUGAGGGGGUUCCUGGGCCUCAUGCCCAGCAUCUUCAUCUGCGUUGGGGUGUUCACCGCCCAGAUUCUGGGGCUCCAUGAGUUACUGGGACAGGAGGAGUACUGGCCUUUAUUCCUGGCUCUGGUGGUGAUACCCACUUUCAUCCAGUUGAUGCUGUUGCCAUGGUUCCCAGAAAGCCCCCGGUACUUGCUGAUAGAGAAGCACAAUGUCCAUGCCACCAUAACAGCGCUCAAGUGGUACCGCGCCAAGUGCAACCUGCAGGCGGAGAUCGAGGAGAUGCAGGAGGAGCAGCGCUCGCUGUCCUCGGUGCGGACGGUGUCCGUGCGGCGCCUCCUGGUGGACUCCUCCGUGCGCUGGCAGGUCCUCUCCGUGGUGGUCAUCAACAUCGGCAUGCAGCUGUCCGGCAUCGACGCGAUCUGGUUCUACACCAAUGACAUCUUUGAGAAAGCUGGAAUCCCCGCCCCUCAGAUCCAGUACACCACAGUCGGGACAGGAGCCAUCGAGGUGGUCGCAGGCCUCAUUGGGUGUUUCACCAUCGAACAUCUGGGCAGGAGGCCGCUGAUAAUCGGAGGCUUUGGGUUCAUGGGACUGUGCUGUGCUGGGAUCACGUUCUCUCUGGUCCUGCAGGAGCACGUCUCUGUCAUGCGCUACGUGAGCGUUGCCUGUGUGGUGGGGAUCAUCGCUGGGUUCUGUAUAGGGCCAGCGGGUGUCCCGUUCCUGAUCACGGCAGAGCUGUUUAAGCAGUCUCACCGUCCCGCUGCCUACACCGUGGGGGGGGCCCUCAACUGGAUGUCCAACUUCACUGUGGGCUUCGUGUUUCCCUUCCUGCAGAUGUCGGCCGGGGCCUACUGCUACCUCGUCUUCUCUGGGGUCUGUCUGGCCGUGGCGACCUAUGUGUUCUUCAUCAUCCCUGAGACUAAGAACAAGACCUUCAUGGAGAUCAGCCAGCUCUUUGCCUCCAAGGAGCCUGUGAUGGAGAGCCAGGGGCCCGGGAACUCUGACCAGCUCAAGCUCCGGAAGAUGAACGGCUAUGGAGCCCUGGAGAACGGAUCUGUGGAGUUCGACAGCUCUAUGUCCUGUCCCUGA